AAUCCAGAAACAUUUUCUCUUUUAUUUUUUCACCAUCUCUCAUUGCAAAUCUUCUAUACGCUAGUAGAUACUUUCAACAUUGCUACAGAUCUCCUCAGAUUUCAUCUUCUCAAGAGCAAAAGCAAAUCAUUAAUGUAAGCCUGUUAAACUGGAUGGCAACUAUGCAUGACUUCCCCUGGAACCAUGUUGCAAGAACCGCUUUUUCAAGCAGUUUUUCCUUGUCUUUCUGCUGGAGGCUGGUUCUCGGUAAAAUAGCCCAGCAAGGCAACUUGGAAAAAAACUUUAAAAAAUUAAUGAGUGAGAAAUCAUAGAAUAAGUCAGGAUUCUAGACAAAUAACUAGUGUCCAAGUCCCCUCCUUGCCCUAACAUUGUCUCCCCACCCUCUGGAGUUCUCUACUCUGACUACAAGGGUAACCAACACUAUGUCUGGGGGCCUCUAGGAUUCUACUUAAGCAUCCUGGCAGUGUCUGAUCUGAGUGGUCAAUGCUCAAUGUUGUUAAGUAUUUUGCAUAAAAUGCUGAUUUCCUGUGUGUGUAAAUAUAUAUAUAUGUGUGUUUAUAUGCAUAUAUGUGGGGGUGGGGGUAUAUGCCAGGAUUCUAAUAGCUAAAACAAAGAUUCAGAGACAAUAACUAGAGCGGCCGUGCAGAAAAGGGGAGUGUUGCCUUGCUGGGAAUAUUCAAAGUUGGUCUGAUGGUAACAUGCAGUGUGCCACUAAAUGACAACCAUCUCCUAGGGAUAAAAAGCCCUGCUUUGGCACAUUUGCAAUUUCCCUCAUGUAAAUAACACCCGCCGUGGCUCAUUUCAAGCUUCCCAAGUGACAUCACUGAAUGGAAAGUUAAAGAGAGAAAGUCUUUCAGAUGUAAAUAAUCUCAAUUAUAUUUAUAAAUAAUAGUAAAAUGUAGUGGAAUCACUAGAAUGUGAAUUUUGAGUAUCGCAUUUGCUUUUAAUAUAAUGUAAUUGCAAGUUUGCAUAAUUUAAUAUUUAAUAAUAGUUGCAUUUAACAAUUAGCUCCCAAAAUCCUUGAAAAUUUGUCCGUGGGUAGGAGUGAGCAGGUCCCAUUCGCUCCAGCACACCACUACAUGUUGCUCUUCAGGGACGUUAAAAGAUACUUUGAACAAAUCAUCUGGAUCAAACUAUCUCCAGAGUCCCAAGGAUGCCAAACUCUUUGCUAUCCCACUUUAGAAAUACCCAAAACACAGGUUAAACUGUGGAUGGUAUUUGUUAAGAAUGCCAUUAACAACACCUUACUCUUGUAUCACGCUUUACACUUUUCAAAGUAGUACUUUUAUGGCACGGUGGGACUGUCUGACCCUGCGGAGUGAAUUUAAAUCGCUGGGUAAAUAGCUUCUUAAUGUAUAAUGGGUGAAAAGAAAGUCCUGGGAGCCGUUUGUCAAAGAGAAAGACGAAGGAGUGGAACUGACAGUCCCAUCAAGGAAGCUGGGAGACUGGUUGGCCCCCACCCGGUUCCUGGUUCUCUCCUGGAAAUGGCUCCAACAUUGUGCAAGCAGGUGGGUGUACAAUAGUUUUGAGCACACAUCUCUCCCUCUCUCAGAUUUAAUUAGAAUUUCCCUUUUUUCCAACAAAGAGUUGGACCGGAUACCUUCUAAGAGUUUUACAAACAGUAAAAUGAUAAGCGCCAUAACAUUCAAAUAUGCUCCUAACAGCUCAGUAAUGGUUUCCUCCAAAUCAAAACGUGCCUGUUAUUGCAGCAGACGCUUGUGCAGACUCUACAUGCAUUCUCACCACAAACACUUACACCACCAGUAGUCGUGGCCGAGUGGUUAAGGCGAUGGACUAGAAAUCCAUUGGGGUCUCCCCGCGCAGGUUCGAAUCCUGCCGACUACGGAAACAUCUGCUUUUUUUUCUUGCCAUCAAACACUUUUUGUGUUUUAGAGCGUUCUGCUCGAACUUCCACAGAUUUCAGGAAUUUUCUAACCGUUGAAACACAACAGGGACCCAAACGGGACAGGAGAGAAUGAAAGGGCGAGAAAGUGUGGUUGUGGUUACAACGUGGGCCCGGGAGAGGCAGACGGGACAAACCACGCCAGACGAGCUGAAAGGAAGAAACGCAAAGCAUCGCGAGUCACACAGACACAGGGCAGAGACAGCUCCGAACUCCGUCCCCGCAUGCGCCAGCCCCUCACAAACCCACCGCAUUCUCUGCCGCGAGCCCUCGUGGGCGCCGGGUUGCCACGGGAAGCGGUGCGCAUGCGCAGGGACGCCUAAUGGAACGUGAGCCAGCCGGGUCCCCGCGUUACCCCUGGAAACCACCGGAGCCUGGCGAUUCGAGGGGAAAACGCCAGGCGAUUCAAGAUGGCGGAGGACCUGGACGAGCUCUUGGAUGAAGUCGAGUCCAAGUUUUGCACACCUGACCUUCUAAGACGGGGCGUGGUCGACCAGCCCAAAGGCUGCGACAGCGGCACACACAGUAGCGACCGGAACCAAGCCGAGGCGAAAGAGAAUCUCAGAUCAACAGAAACAUUUGAAAAAGAAGAUGAUCUUGACAGUCUUAUUAAUGAAAUAUUUGAAGAGCCCAACUUGGACAAAAAGCCCUCUAAAUUAAAAUCUAAAUCUUCAGGUAACACAUCUGUCAGAGCUUCCAUUCAAGGCCUUGGUAAAAGUUGCAGUCCGGUGUACCUUGGUGGAAGCUCUAUUCCAUGUGGGAUUGGAACAAAUAUUUCAUGGAGGUAUGUUACUAAAGAACUUCACUCUGAAAAAAGUACCAAGUACUUUAUAUUUCUUAUUUUGAUAUAUUCCGUCCGGGUGGAUUCGGCCAGAUCAUGUGGGCUUCACCUCUUCCAUAUAGUCAUGUGCUACAUUAUGAUGCUUCAGUCAGCAAUGGACUGCAUACAUAUAUACAUGGUGGUUCCAUAAGAUUAUAAUGGAGUUGAAAAAUUCCUAUCACCUAGUGACAUCAUCGCCAUUGUAAUAUUGUACUGCAAUGCAUUGCACAUGUUUGCAGUGAUGCUGGUAUAAAUAGUAACAUGCUGUAGAGGUUUGUAGCCUAUACCAUGUAGCCUAGGUGUGUGGUAGGCUGUACCGUCUAGGUUUGUAUAAGCUCAAUCUGUGAUAUUCCCACAAUGAUGGAAUUGCCUAACAAAGCAUAAGCAAUGCAUGACUGUGUUUCUGUCAUCCAUCUCCUUCUCUCCAUCUGCCUGCUGUCAGCCUAGAUAAGGACAUGUUACUUCUGGACAAGAAUACAGAAGUAACCUCCUCACUGGUUUUUCUGCCUACAGUCUCUUCUUUCAGACCAUCCUUCCCUUGUUCAGAAUUAAAGCAUAGCUCAGAGUAUACUGUCCUACUGCUCAACACCCUUCCACCUACAGAAUAAUGUCCAAAUUCCUUAGCAUGGCGUUCACGACCCUCCAUAAUCCAGCUCCCAUCCAUCCAUCAUCCAGCUUUGUCUUCCCACAAUGUAUAUUUCACCUUUGAAAGAUUUUAUUUACAUGAGAGUACUCAAGGCUCCCAUUGCCUCUGACUUGGUACAACCUCUUUACCUCCUAGGAUGCCUUCCCACCAUUUUAUCUACCUAAACCCUACCUGUCCUUCAGAGUAAAGUUCAUCACAUGUCUUCCAUGAUUCUUUCACCACUCUCUCAACUGGAAGAAAACUCUUCCCUUCCUGUGUAUUCACGGUGCUUUGAACCUAUUAUAUACUGUAAUAUAAAACUGAAGCUUUUAGGUUGGUAUAUGACUACCUUUCUCCUUGUGACUGAGAUAAUGUCUUGCUCAUAUUUAUAUAAUUUGCACAUUCUUAUACACUUACAGAAUACCUAAUAUCUUUAAGGUGUUACAAGUUAUAAAAAUAUAUUUGAACUUUACAUUGACAUUUUCAAUUAAAAAUUUAAAGCUAAAAAUUAAUACAGUGUAUUAUUGCAGCACUUUUCAAUAGCAUAAAGAAAAGGGUAAGAGACUUUCCCCUACACCUCUUUUGGCAGCCAUUCUUGCGUAAAUCUAUGAGUAUACCCUAAUUUAAUAGUUGUUAAACUUUCUCACAUCAAGAACCACUUUGAAAAUCUUAUGAAAACUUUGAAUCCUCCUCAUACAUAUACACACAAUUCAAAUAUAAAAAUACAUGGAAAAAUUAUAACUUUAAAAAUUUUACAGUUUCCAAUCCAAAUAAAGCCUAAUGUAUUCCCAAAAUCUGAGGUCAGGAACCCAUACUUUUAGGCUUAGCCCACUUUUUACCCUAUAAGUGGAAAAGUUGGCUUUUAAUUACAGGUUGACUUUUCCUUUUCUGACUUUUCUAAACCCUCUGCUAUUUACUAUCUACUAGUUAAUCUAAUAAGUGGCUAAUAAUCUCCAUAUGUCUCCAAGAUGAAGCAUGAAUUUUUAUAAAACUAUCAUAGGAUAAUAAAAUGCAUGUAACAUCAAGACAGUGGUGAACACAGGCAUAAAGUAAACUAUGGAUAACUUAGUUGGAACUUGAGGAACUUGCAGCAUCUCAGAGUCAUCAAGAAUACCAGUUGGUUUACCCUAGAUCUGUGGCAACCUGGUUUUAAAAUAUAUGUAUUUUUAGAAAAAACAGUGACAGCUAGAGGAUUUAUUAUACUAUUAAAAAUAAACAAGUAGUCAUUAUUUAAAUCAGUAGAAAAUACUGUCUCAGUUUUCAAGACACUUAGGAAUAUCUCUGGGAGAUAAGAGAAUGGAACAGCUAAAGAAUAAGGCUGUCUCCACCAUCAAGAUAUAAAUCAUUGAUAUGAUAUUUAUUUUGUACAGUAUAUUGGUGUUUACCAGUAGACAUUAUUCAGCACCUAGUCUAUGACACUCUUAGAUACUGGGCUCAUAAGAUGAGAGGAACCCAGGGGAAGGGAGACAUGGGCGGGGACAAGCAUGUGAGCAGCAAGUUAAUAGAGACAAUAAGGCCAAGAGCACUGAUGGGAGGUGAGCCUUGGAUAGGAAAAGGAAGACCUCUGUGACUGAGAGGAAGCCAGCAAGGUACUGAUGUGUUCAGGGAGAGCUUGCCAGGAAAUUGAAGGCUUUCAUACCUAGUGACCUGGUUUUGAGAAUGAAGAUGUGAUCUGCUGAAAAUAAGAGAGUGGAGGAGGAUGUGGAAUAAUCACUGAGGAAACCAGAAGUGGACAAUGACCAAAGACAAUUUACAUAUUACACAGUGGAAUGCUGUUCAGUUGUUUUAUUGUCCUAUUUUACAGAUGAGAGAAGUAAAUGUAUCCUAACUUUGAGAAAUUUUAGAGCUUUUUUUUUUUUUUUGAGAUGGAGUCUCGCUCUGUUGCCCAGGCUGGAGUGCAGUGGCGCA